CUAGCACCGUUACUUCAAUUUCAUUAUCUUCUCCUUCGGGUUCUUUUUCACUUUGGUUUUUAGGUCUUCUUCUUCUUCUUCCAUUUUCUUCUGCUAAGUGCUAAGUGGUGUGAGUAGGGUACUCUUCUCUUUGCUUCGUAAAGAUGAAUAGAGAAAGAUUGAUGAAGAUGGCCGGUUCAGUUAGAACCGGGGGAAAGGGCACAAUGAGGAGAAAGAAGAAGGCCGUCCACAAGACAACCACCACAGACGACAAAAGGCUUCAGAGCACCCUCAAGAGAAUAGGCGUCAACGCCAUCCCUGCCAUCGAGGAAGUUAACAUCUUCAAGGAUGAUGUUGUUAUCCAGUUUCUAAACCCCAAAGUUCAAGCAUCCAUUGCUGCUAAUACUUGGGUUGUUAGUGGUGCUCCACAAACAAAGAAGUUGCAGGAUAUACUCCCUAACAUUAUCCACCAAUUAGGACCAGAUAACUUGGAAAACCUAAAGAAGCUAGCGGAACAGUUUCAGAAGCAGGCUCCUGAGGCAGGUGCUGCUUCAGCCGCGGCGCAAGAGGAGAACGAUGACGAUGUCCCAGAGCUUGUUCCUGGGGAGACUUUUGAGUCAGCUGCUGAGGAGGCCAAGGCUUAGAAGAGUUUUGUUGUGCCAUCAUUAUUACAUAUCUCCCUUUUGUUUAUUAAGAAAAUUUUCUUGUUUCUCAAAUUUUUAGUAUUUUGAGUUUUUGUUUAGUUCUAUUGUCAAACAGUUUGAGUUACUGGUACCAUAAAAAAGGAGUUUGGGUUACUGUUA